GUGGAUUUGACAUUAUUGUGGACAUGCGACCCGAUCCAACGCACUGGUAAAGCUCGCCAAACCUUGUCUCUGCACAGUGAACGAGCGGAACAUGAACGGCGAUACUAGUGCCCGGCAGACGCCACCAACGGCGCCAGUGGUCGAGGUUGAUAGAGAACGGAAUGCUGCAACGGGAGACGCCGGGCCGGGGACGGGAAUCAAGGACCUUUUGCCGCUUCCAGCAAUCCAUCCUGCAGAAGAGUCGGCCGGCACGACCAAAGAGAGCGUCGCUAAUGCCCCUACUCUUUCGCAUGCGCUUGCUACCGACGAUCAUGAGUUGAAGGGCGUCGCGCAGCAGGACCACGCCGACGAGGUGCGCGACCUGGGGUGGAACGAGACCAAGCAAAACAUUGCCGCGCCUUUGGUCGGCGGCCUGAAUAAUGAAGAACUCUGGCUGCUUGUUCGGCGAUUUAACAAGCAAAUAUACCACCUCAAAGCCGUCACCAAUGCGCCCCCCGGCGGCCUGGAUCUCGUGGAGGUCGAGUUCAGCCCAGAUAAGAUGAGGUCUAUAGUGGAGCGCCUCUACAUGACGGUUGGAGUUGACCUGUUGGCUGGUUACAAACACAUCGCCCGUUUGCGGUCGUGGCGCGAGACCCGGCGCACUUCUUACUUCGCCGCCACAUACUUUGUCGCAUGGCUUUUUGACUUUCUCGUGCCGCUCUUCACGGCUGUGCUGAUUGCCCUUGUCGCAUACCAGCCGUCUCGACACAUCCUAUUCCCCCCGGCCCCCCUCGCGCUCGUCGACACCAGCACGGGCGGAGUGCAAAAGCCUAAGGCUGGUGUGCUUGGUAGCCACGAUAGCGUUACUGGCGCCCCUGAGAACCACAAGGGAGAGGCUGUCGAGCAAGAGGCUAGCAAUUUCUUCAACGGCGUUGCGACAGUUGCUCUGAAUGGUGCCGCCGGGAAAUAUCCCGCGGGCGACCCCAAGGCCGCCGAGAACGAGCAGGGAGGGACUGAUUCGACACCUGAUCCGACCGGUCUCGCUAGAAGCGCGGCCGGCGCAAAAGACAAGUCUACUGGAUCCAAGACGGGCAACAAACAUGACAAUACCAAGGUUCCGAUGGAAAAGGCCAUGUGGGACAAGAUGGAAACCAUCAUGCACUCCCUGAACGAUGUCGCCGACACGUGGGAACGGUUUGCCAAUGCGCUAUCUCCAACUCGCCCGUUUCCCCGCGAGACAUCGCGACUCCGUCUUGCGACGCUCGUCAUCCCCCUAUUCGGCAUAUCGCUCUUUGUCACGUCGUACAUUUUCAUAAAAGGCGUUAUGUUCGGCGUAGGGCUCGGCUUCUUUGGCGAUCCUGUUAUUUCGCGAGGUCUUGACUGGCUUAACAGAACAAUCCCAGACUGGCAAAAGAUCCUUGAGCUCCGGAACACCAUACUCAAGGGUGUUCCAACCAAUGCCCAGCUCGCUCUCACGCUCCUCCGCCUCGGCGAGGCCAACAAAGCCCCCAUCCCCCCGCCACCUCGUAUUGAUGAGGCGCCGCCGAGGGAGCCUGCUAAACUGACCGACGAACAACUACGCUCGGCAGCUGCAGAGCCGCCACUAGGCGCCAAUAGUGCUGAAAUCAACGAAGCCAUCCAGAACGACCCUGCGAAGGCGCGUGAGACAGGAUCAAGCACUGACGUUGGCGAAGAUGCCAAGCACGGAAGUAAGGGCAACCGAAUCCUCAGCUUCUUCCGGGGCACGACCAAAUGGUUUGUCAAGACGGCCAUCGGCACCGACAAAGUACGCGCCAAGAUUGGCAGCCACCACGCCAGGGACCGCCUGGGCGCAGUGCCACCGGUCAACAACGUGGCUAUCAGCGGGCCGGUAGACUUCAAUGCCAGAUACAACGGCAAGAAGGGCCACGUCUAUCUCACGACGUCGUCGACCAUUCCCGCCAUAGGCUUCAGUACCAAGGAGACGCGCGAGCAGAUUGGCAAUGCCCUCCGCGAAGACCUGCACCCUAUCUGGAGUGUAGCCAUUGCAGAUAUCGUUGAGCUGAAGAAAGUGGGCGGUUAUGGGUGGAAAGCGAGGCUAGUGGUCGGCUGGUCGCUCGAGAGGGAAGUCGCCGACGGCCUGGAGAUCAAGACGGCAACCGGCGAGGUCCACAAGGUCACGGCCCUGCCUCUGCGUGACGAGCUAUUCAACCGGCUGAUUGCCAUUGGGGGCCAGAAGUGGGAGGCUUGGUGAUGUCACCCGAUGUUUAUGGGGACUGAUUUGCGGAUGAAUAGGAAGCCUGAAAUUAUCUUGUUGGGGCCUAGGUAUACUAUCAUACAUGGUAGCCAGGAGUACUGUAUUGUAAUCUCUUACCACCCGAUUUUGCGGAGUUUUCGGCGUUGCUUUUGGUACGGG